AGAGAGGGAGAGAGACAGGGACAGAGAGAGAGGGAGAGAGAGAGAGACACAGAGAGAGAGAGAGAGAGUCCUGGGGCUCUGAGCGAGGCUGGACCCCUCGGCGGGGAGCCCCGGGCAGCCGGGGAGGAGGUGACGGGGAGGAGGGAGGCGACCGGGUCCCCCUCCCCGGGCCGGACAUGGCCUCCUUCCCGCGCUCUCCCUACCGGACCAGCCGCAUCCUCGCUCGCCAGCAGCUGCUGACCAGGAUCCAGCAGGAGAUCGAGGCGAAGGAGGCGUGUGCCUGGCUCCGAGCAGCGGGCUUCCCGCAGUAUGCUCAGCUGUAUGAAGAUUCGCUGUUCCCCAUCAACAUUGCGGCUGUCAAGAAAGACCAUGAUUUCCUGGAAAGGGACCUGGUGGAGCCCCUCUUCCGGCGGCUGCACGCCCUGAACCACUGCGCCUCCAUGAGACUCGACGUGAACCUCCAGAGGAGAAAGGGCGACGACUCGGAUGAGGAAGACCUGUGCCUCAGCAACAAAUGGACUUUCCAGAGGACCAGCCGCAGGUGGUCCCGUGUGGACGACCCUCACACCCCGCUCCCGGGGGCGGACGGGAACGGGUCCCCAGGAGCCCCGGAGAUGACAGACGCCGCCAUCGGCCAGGGCGUGCUCGCGGACCGGAGGACCGAUACCCUGAGCGCGAGGGUCGCACAGGGGAGGCUGGAGGGGCAGGGGCGUGCCAGCGGCCAGGCCAUCAGCACACCCGUGUUGCAGCAGCGGGAGCCAGAGUCCUUUAAGGCUAUGUCACCGCAUCAGGAGUCCUUUAAGGCUAAAUCUCAGGAGUCCUUUAAGGCUAUGUCAGCACAGCCGGAGUCCUUUAAGGCUAUGAUGCAAAAGCAAGAGCCGGAGUUCUUUAAGGCUAUGUCACAGGAGUCCUUUAAGGCUAUGUCACCACACCUGGAGUCCUUUAAGGCUAUGAUACAGCAGCAAGAGCCGGAGUCCUUUAAGGCUAUGAUGCAGCAGCAAGAGCCAGAGUCCUUUAAGGCUAUGUCACCACAGAGGGAGCUGGAAUCCUUUAAGGCUAUGUCUCAGGAGUCCUUUAAGGCUAUGUUGCAGGAGCAGGAGUCCUUUAAGGCUAUGUCACCACAGCAAGAGCCGGAGUCCUUUAAGGCUAUGUCGCCACAGAGGGAGCAGGAGUCCUUUAAGGCUAUGUCGCCACAGCAAGAGCCGGAGUCCUUUAAGGCUAUGUCGCCACAGAGGGAGCAGGAGUCCUUUAAGGCUAUCUCACUGCAGCCGGAGUCCUUUAAGGCUAUGUCACAGGAGUCCUUUAAGGCUAUGUUCCCGGAGCUGGAGUCCUUUAAGGCUAUCUCACCGCAGCCGGAGUCCUUUAAGGCUAUGUUGCCGGAGUCCUUUAAGGCUAUGUCACCGCAUCAGGAGUCCUUUAAGGCUAUGUCACAGGAGUCCUUUAAGGCUAUGAUGCAGCAGCAAGAGCCAGAGUCCUUUAAGGCUAAAUCUCAGGAGUCCUUUACGGCUAUGAUGCAGCAGCUGGAGCCGGAGCCGGAGUCCUUUAAGGCUAAAUCUCAGGAGUCCUUUAAGGCUAUGUCACAGGAGUCCUUUAAGGCUAUGUUGCGGGAGCUGGAGUCCUUUAAGGCUAUGAUGCAGCAGCCGGAGUCCUUUAAGGCUAAAUCUCAGGAGUCCGUUAAGGCUACGCCGCGCCCACAGGUCCCCAACGGACACGCGCCCGCGCCCCCGGGGGAUCGGCCGCCCCGGGCGGCCUCCAAGCGCGGGGGCGUGUACCUGGAGGACCUCGACGUGCUGUCGGGGGCCCCCGGGGGCCGUCGGGGCUUCCGCUCCCAGGAGGACCUGCUGUUCCUGGUCCCCGAGGACCACACGCCGGGCACCUUCCCCAAGGCCCUGUCCGUGGAGAGCCUGUCCCCCGCCGGGGGCGACGGGGCCGGGUGGAGGACCGCGGCACGGGGAGGACUCCCCGCCCCGCGCCCCCGGGCGGGCAGCAGGGUCAGCGUAUAUGACAAUGUGCCCGGGUCGCACCUGUACGCCAGCACGGGGGACCUGCUGGACCUGGAGAGGGACGGACUCCUCCCCGGGGUGGGCCCCAUCCUCCACCCCGGGACGCCGCCCCCGGGCCCGUCACCUCCGUCGCCGUCGCCUCCCGACGGUCGGAGGGCCGCGUCCCCCACCGGGCCGAGCGGUCCGUUGCAGGCGACCGUCAUGCCUCGGCCCCCGACCGUCACCCCCGCCGCCCCCGCGGCCCGGAGCAUCCGGGGCCACACGGCGGCGCAGCUGAGCCUCCUGCGGCGCCUCUCGCUGCUGCGCCUCACGGCCAUCAUGGAGCGGUGCUCGGCGGGUGCUCGGGGAGGGAGGACGUGGUCGGUCCCCAAGUUCAUGAAGAGGACGCGGGUCCCCGACCCCAGCGCCCAGGGCGUCUUCGGGGUCCCCCUCCUCGUCCACGUGCGGAGGACGGGCCACCCCCUGCCCCCCGGCAUCCAGGAGGCGCUGGGUCACCUCCGCCGCAGCUGUCUGGACCAGGUCGGCCUGUUCCGGAGACCGGGCGUGCGAUCCCGCAUCCACGCGCUGCGGCGGGCGAUGGAGGAGAGCGAGGGGGUCCCCGGGCGCGUGCCCCCGCGCGUGUGCUACGAGGACCAGUCGGCGUACGACGUGGCCGACCUGGUGAAGCUGUUCUUCCGCGACCUCCCCGAGCCGCUGUUCACCAACAAGCUGCGCGACAGCUUCCUGCGCGUCUACCGGUACGUCCCCGAGGCCCAGCGCCUGCAGGCAGCCCGGGCCGCGGUGCUCCUGCUGCCGGACGAGCACCGGGAGGCGCUGCACGCGCUGCUCCUCCUCCUGGCGGACGUGGUGGCCUCGGCCCGCGUCAACCGCAUGACGCCCGCGAACCUGGCCGUGUGCCUGGCCCCCUCCCUGUUCCACCUCAACUCCCCGCGAGUCGUCCCGAAGAAACAGGCCGCGGGGAAGCCGGACCCCAGGGACCUGAGCGAGAACAUGGCCGCCGUCCAGGGCCUGGCCCACAUGAUCGCCGAGUGCGACCGGCUCUUCGAGGUCCCCCAUGAGAUGGUGGCCGGGUCCCUCACCUCCUACUUGGAGGCCGAGAUCCACCCGCCGGGGCUGGCGGAGGGCGGGGCGGCCCUGCAGGCCUCCCUGGAGCGGCUGGUCCGGGGUCUGCAGAAGGAGGCACGGGAGAGGGCCGGAGGCUGGGUCACGUGUUCGAGCCCCGAGGAGGUGGACCUGGCGUUCAAGAAGGUGGGGUUCGGGCCCCCGCUGCGGCUGUGGCGGGCGGCGGUGGAGGUGACGGCGCCCCCGAGCGCGGUCCUGCGGCUGCUGCGGGAGCGUCCGGCCUGGGGCGGGGACCCGGCGCGCCUGGACGUGCUGCAGAGCCUGGACGCGCACACGGAGGUGAUCCAGUUCGAGCUGGACGCCAUGGCCCCCCUCCCGCCCACCCACUGCGUGGUCCUCAGGACCUGGAGGACCGACCUGCCCAAAGGAGCAUGUGCGCUGGUGUCCCUGUCGGUGGAGCAUGGGGACGCGAGGCCCACGGCGGGCGUGAGGGCCGCGGUGACCGAGUCCCAGUACCUCAUCGAGCCCUGCGGCUCCGGCAAGUCCAGGCUGACCCACGAGUGCAGGAUAGACCUCAGGGGCCGCUCUCCGGAAUGGUACAGCAGAGCCUUCGGACACCUCCUCGCCUCCGCGCUGGCUGGCGUCAGGGACUCCUUCCUGCCCCUCCUCGCUGAGGGCCCCGAGACCAAGAUCUGACCCUCCCCACACCCCCGCCCCCACCCCCGUUAUCACCCCCCACCCCACCCCCGGCGUGGGCAUCAAUCAUCUCAGGGACCAGGAGAAGCCGGGGUUGAUCCUACCCACCCACUCUUCCCCACCCCGAAGGAUGUGUGCAGGGAUGAGCUGACGUCACCCGUGUAUACCUCAUGCGUGUAUAUAGUAUGUUAUAUGUUACAUGUAUGUUAUUUUUACCUCGGUUUCCCCGGCGUCUGCUGUCGGUCCAAAGGGCAGAUGGGUGACUGCCGAGGGAAGGCGAGGAUCUGGGCCAUUAAAUGGUUUCUGUGAA